UGAGGUGUUAUAUAUAUAACUGGAUAUCCUUUAGACACAAUCCCACACUGCUCACUGUCUUGAGACCAUUCCACAAUAAGUAAAAAAAAAAGAAAAAAAAAGAGAGAGAGUAUUUAUCUUAUUAUAAGAGACUCGUCUUAUCGUGAGGUAAUGAACGUGACAGUUAUAGGGUUGGUCGGUCUGAGAAAAAUGGGGAGGAAGACGUGGGUCGACGGAGACGGGAUGAAGAAAGGAGAGUGGACGGCGGAGGAAGAUCAAAACCUUGUCGCUUACAUCAAUGAGCAUGGCAUCUGUGAUUGGCGUACUCUCCCCAGAAGGGCUGGUUUGCAGAGAUGUGGAAAGAGCUGCAGACUAAGGUGGCUUAAUUACCUAAGGCCAGGGAUUAAAAGAGGCAAAUUCACUCCUAAGGAAGAAGAAGAGAUCAUCAAACUUCAUGCUGUUCUCGGAAACAGGUGGGCAGCCAUUGCGAAGGAAAUGGAUAAUCGAACAGACAACGACAUCAAGAACCACUGGAACUCUUGUCUCAAGAAAAGAUUGUUGAGGAAAGGAAUUGACCCGAUGACCCACGGACCCAUCAUCAAUAACAACCUCACCGUCACGACCACUAACGAAGAAUGUGGUAGCUCUUCAACGUCUACGUCGUCUUCUACCUCCUCAUCUUCCGGCUCAGCUUGGCUCCUAAACAAGCUCGCCACAGGUAUCUCGUCUAAACAACAUGAUCUUGAUCGGAUCAAGAACAUCUUGUUGGUCCCGAGAAUCACAAGCAAUGAUCAAGAUGAGCAAGAAGAAGGGUUAAAGAGGGAUCAUAAGAUUGGUGGUGGUGAAGAAAAUGAUGAUUUUCUGAUAUGGGACGAUGAAGAAAUUAGGCGUUUUAUGGAGACUGACGAAAUAGAGUACGAGACGACGGCGCCGUACGUCUCUCUCUUUUACGAAAGUACUCACAUACUUGACGACCUCCUCUGACUCGAUCAGUCCAGUACUAGUGUAUGUUGUUAGCAUAUGAUUUAUUGUUGCAACAGAGAAAAUUAAUGUGGACCACUUUGACCAAGAGAAUGAUUGUAAGAGAUGCAAGUAGCAUUACAAAAUACAAAAUGAAUUUAGAAAAUAAGUCGAUCGAGUCCAACGAAGGUUGUUUCGUAUAGUACUUAGCAUGAGAAUUUCCAUGUUGCUGUUAAUGUCACAAAGUCACACAACCAACCUAUUCCCAUUAUCCACGCCAGUCAUCUUAUAUAUUAA